AAAAAUUUCCUGUUUCUUCAGCAAUGCCGAUUAAUGUUUUUCGCAUUUUUUCUCACGAAAUUGAAUAACCGGUCACGACCACAGACAAUGUCAGACAUCCUGCUGCUCCAUUAGAUUUAGAUCUAGACUACGUCAGCGCCAUUUUGGACACCGGCUGUACCUACUCGCUUCGAUGCAAUUUAGGCUUGGCCUAGAAUCUAUCUAGAUUUAGAUCUAGACUCUAGUCUAGAUCUAGAUAUAUCUAGAGAUCUAGCCUUCUGUUUGUGUAGCUCAAUUUCUUGUCAUCACAAAAUAAGUGUAGUAUUCUGUGCUCGUCAUACAUCGGUGUUCAGCGUAGGCUAGGCCUACACUUCUUAAUUUCACUUCUAGCCUACUUCUAGUCUAGGCCUACUGACUUCUGAUUCGGAAUGGACAAGGUUCGUUUUAGACAUGGAGAGCCGUCAGGAACUUUUUGUGUGGCUUGGGGCUGCUCAAACAGACAGAAGACAGGGGAUGGAAGAAAGUUUCACAGGUUUCCAAAGGAUGCAUUGAGGAGAAAGAAAUGGAAGGCAGCCCUAAAAAGAGAUGCAUUUGAAGCCACUGACCAUUCCCGGAUCUGUAGCGACCACUUUGAAAAAGAGAGCUACAAUCAAUCUGGCCGAUUGAAAGACACUGCUGUUCCAACAAUCUUCAACUUUCCUGAUAACAUGUGUUUGACGAUGGUUGUCAAUCAAGGCUCUCAGGUCUCACCUUUGAACAAAGGUAGGGGAUGUCAAAGUAGCCACAAGACCAUGCGAAAGAUAGACAUCUCCCAAAUUUUUUCAGAGGCUGUGGUCAGUGUGGAUGAAGUCCGUAGGGCAGCUGAGACUUCUGUCUGUACUGUUGGCGUACAGACUGAUCCUGUUUACAUUUUGCCAAUGGAAGACGCAGAUUUGAUGACAUUUGGCACAGAUAGAGGAUUGUCUGCCCGCCUCACUCUGGACUCUGCACGGAGACCUCCAGGGACCAGCCAGGGUCUUGUGCGUCAUCACUGCAGGAUCUGCGGCGCUGCCUUCGUGGGCCAGCUACAGCUCAAGCUUCAUCAGUGGAUUCAUCAGAUGGCCCAGCCCAGCUCUCAGAGGAGAAGGGCAGCUUCAAUGUCUCAGAGGAAACUGGCCACUCCCGGUUCUGAGAAGAAGAAUGAAGGAGCGAGUUUGUCGAGGGUGCUGAAGGGUGUGAAUAACGGGGCGGAAGGUUCUGCAGCAGACGCAGAUCUUGGAGCGAUGGAGAUCACUGUGUUGUCUGACAGGAGAGUGAUAACGCCGUGGCAAACUGGGCAGGAGAAUGUGCCGGUAGUAGAACUUCCACGCGCUGUCAAGCAGACAGGUACUCUAGGGAUUAAGUCAGGGAUUAUUGUUGGGAAGAAAAGACCGGUUGGUAAGUUACAGCGAAGUUUGCUGAAGGACAGGCUGCCAAGGGAGGGUGGUCAGAAGAGAAGUGACAGCGAAGAUAAUACGCCAAAGAAGUGCCCAGUGUGCGGGGAGAUGUUUGUAAAGCCCGCGGCCCUGAGAAUUCACCUGUCUGAGCACCUGUACUACGACAUACAUCGAGGCCAGGUGUUGAUUCGUGGGGCCGUCUUGCCCAACACCAACGGGACCGGCGUGGACGUCAUGGAACAGACCUCGGCUGGUGAAGUCCUCGCGGGUGAGCAAGAGGGACCCCCGCCAGACGGGCUGGCCAAAUCAAACGGGCCUGUGCCAUAUAGCCACAGCGAUGUGAAAGGUAGUGAGUUCAGCUACGUGUGUACUCUGUGUAAUGUAGGAUUCAUGCGUAAGAAACAGUUGUGUGCGCAUCGGCACUCGGAGCACAGCAGCAUCAAAAGCGUGUACAAGGACAAGAGAUUGGUGCUCAAGUCGCCCUCGUCCAUCAGACGUAAGUCCAACAUGUGUGAGAUCUGUGGGGAGGUGUUCAAGUCACUUUACUCCAUGAAGAUCCAUGUGCUCCGCCACAAAGAGAACUUAUAUCAGGGCAAUAUUUGCCUCAAUGACUUUUCCACUUCUGACGUGCUCACAGUUCACAAGAAACUGCAAGAGCCGAAAGAUCUUGAAGCCCAGCCUGCUGAAAAGUCUGAAUUGAAAAAGUUUGUUUGCGAUGUCUGCGGCAAGACGGUUAAGUCAAUGAAGCAGUUGCAGAGCCACAUGUUACGCCAUACAGGUGGCGACAUAUACACAUGCCGAGUUUGCAAAGAGAAAUUCUCCUCCCUGAAGCUGUUAAAGACCCACCAGGCUGAGCAGGGCCACGUGGUCGACAAGCCGUUUAUCUGUGAGGUGUGCGGCACUGCUUACUCUCACAUCUUCAGUCUCAAGAGACAUCACUUCGUGACUCAUGUCAAGAACAAAGAUAAGGAGGAAAGGGUGAAACAGGGAGUGAAGAAGACAAGAGUUGAAGGAAGUUUCCCUUGCGAGUAUUGUGGAAAAGUUUUUGACUUCAAAGACAAGCUGCAGUGUCAUGUCGGUAAGCAUACCGGGGAGAAAUCCUAUAAGUGCGAAAUUUGCCACAAAACUUUUUGCUACCCGAGUUCUCUGUCCUUUCAUAAACGGAAGCAUAGGGAGACAAAGGUGAAAGAGAAGCUAAAAGUAAGAGUGACUUGUGAGUAUUGCCAUAAGGUUUUCUGCAGCCAGCAAAUACUGGCCAGUCACAUCAAAUACCACACCGGUGAAAAUCUCCACACCUGCGAAAUUUGCAAAAAGUCUUUUGCCUACAAGGCAUCAUUCGUCUUGCACAAACGGAGCCAUGCAGGUGAGCGACCUUACAAGUGUGACCUCUGUCCCCAGCGAUUUCUUCGCCCGUACAACUUAAGGUGUCACUACCGCAUCCACACGGGCGAGAAGCCAUAUCCGUGCCAGAUCUGUGGCCAGAAGUUUCGACAGCAGGGUGACCGCAACUCGCACCAGAAGCGUCACGCUACGCAGGCCGCCAAGGCAUCCAACAACGUGUCGAGCAGCACAGCAGCAGUCCAGACACAGGUGGAGGCUCAGGUCCCAGCCACAAUUCAGAUUCAAGUCCUCUCGCAGCAGGACAAUGAGACGGCCACAUCGGUCAUUAGUGUUCUUCAAGGCUAAUUAUUCUCUUAUACAUUGCACAAAGGGUCAUUCUACUUGACUUCUACACUCAGUAUGGAGACAGUGUUGGUGAUUCUUUUGAUUUUUUAAAUAAAAGAAGCCUUUAGAAAGCCUUAAUCUGCAGUGAAUUAUAAAUGGCUACAGACAAAAAAAUUAAGAAAAUGUCAGUC